GUCAUAAUAACCGUACGUAGCUAGCUGGCAAGGUAUUCAAGACCUCUUCCUACUGAUCCUUGAUGGUCCUUUGACUGCUCCGGGUUCGCCCUUGCUCGUAAACGACAAUCAUGUUCUCCAGUUUCUCAUCCUUCCUAAUAUCUGUUCAACAACCGGGCCACGAGCAACGCUCACACCAAUCACUUUCAACUCCAAACAAUGACGUUCCAGAGCCAGAUGCUAAUUCUCAGCCACUGGACUACACUGCCAGUGAUCCCAAGUCGAAGAAAAAAGACAAGAGGGAGAAACUUGUAAAUGAGACUUUCAUUGUUGUACGACCUCCACCGAGUAAAUCAAAUCACCCGCUCAAUCUCCAAGUUCAACUUGUACCCCCGCAAUCUCGUCAUGAUCGACCCCAUGCGACUGUCCAGGCCCUCGACCAUUCAACUCCAGAUACAGCUGACACCACUGAUUCCAUUGAUCUUCGAAGAACGCCUUCCGGCCAGUCAGAGUCGUCUGCGUUUUCAGCAUACACCUCCGCAAGCUCUAUAUCCUCAUUUGCUUCGUCGUCAACUACGAGUUCGGGGCGUCGCAUGAUUAUUCCACUUUACAAUCUUCAAGCUCACAAUGUCAUGACUAAUGUCAUAGUGGAUGCUGGCACUGAGGCGAAAGUGGCUAAAUUCGCCAAGAGAGGUUUGGAAAUUCUUGGUCUAGCCGUCCUCGAACCUAUCGAAGUCUGGGGCACUGUUCCGUUGCUAGGUGCCUUACCGCCAAGUAGCAGCGCGCGCACUAGCGUUGAUGAUUCCAAACGAGAACUAGGCUUGCUCCCUCGGGCACGCCCCCACUCUUCGAGCAGUAGGGCUGUUACACCCGAAGUUUUCGCAACUACCCUUUCGCCUUCUUCACACACCGAUCUCUCUCGUAAACCCAGUUUUACCCUUACCCCCGCUAUCCUGGAAGAUACUAUAAAUAGCAGCGCACCGCCCCAGCGCGGGGGCGCUAAAAAGCUGUUUACUAAGAUGUUCAAGAAAAAGGACACGUCUCCACGAACGCUUCCAUUAGUGGUGCCGAUAGCGGCUACCGAUUUGCAGGGUUUGCCAAGCAUAACUCGUCUCUCGUCUCGCGGAUCGCAUGACAUACCCUCGUCGAGUCCUCAAGGUGCGGAUAUACCUCGUUUUAAUGAUAACCUCCCACCCACCUCGUUGUCAGGAAUUUCAUCCACUGUCACACUCUGUCCUCCUGUCCUCGGUAUCCAAGCUUCCCUUUAUUCGUCGAUAUCUCCACUCAAGGGCCGACCCACCAAGUAUGUUUGGGUUGUCCGCAAAUGGCUGAAGGGCACAGACACGGGCCUCUUGAACGGGAUGAUGGGUAAAUUGAGCGCAAAUGGGCGCGGGGAUCUUGCUGGAGCCAGUGCUCCGCAGGUGGAGGUGCGUUUUGAGUGGUCACGAGGACUGAAAAAGAAGAAGGUGCGGGGUAGGAAAUCCCGUACUGAUAGGAGAUCGCCGGCGCAAGGCCCCGAGAGUGGGAGCGUCAGCCGCCGCGGCAGCGCGGUUGUGACAUCAGAACUGCCAUUGAUGAAGUCGGUUCACAAAUCGCCGUCUCGUGUGCUUGACCCACCAUCGGGUAUCCAUGCUCCGUCAAUAAGCCAUAGUCGGUCAAGGUCCUCGCACCACAGUCACAGUACCAGCUCGGAUGGUAGUACUUGCACUGGAAGUAGCGUUUGCAGCGUGGAGAAUUCUGGUGACGACAGUGAAGCCGAGGAUUCAGAGACGCCUUGGACGUGUACUCUCAUGGUACAACGCACAGGUCAUUCGCCACCGAUGCACAGUUCCGCAGAGCAGCAAGACCAUACCAUUCGACUGAAAGUUGCCACACUUGCGCCGACCCCACACCAUCCCAAAGUCGUCGGACUCCUGAAAGUCCCCUUUCCGUUGCCAGACAUAGAAGUUGAGCGCCUUGCGGUACACCGUCGUGUAGUUACUGCGCAGGGUGUUAUCCGAACUACCUCUAAUUCGGGCGAGUUGACGCUUUCCGCUGAGGAGAUCAAGGAUGCAAUUUCAUCCACCGCUUUAUGGCUCGUCGUACGAGAGUCAUUCGGGGGCGUUGGCCGAGAGCGCAGAAAGGGUGAUGGGUGGCGAAUCAGAGCCUGAUCGCUCCCUGUGCAGAAUAAUGUCCGCGUCAUUUCUGCUCCGACACCGAGCCAUUCCUACCUUAUCUAUCUCGCAAUAUAUCCGCCCCCUCGCAAGGCAUGAAUGUAUCUUCCUGGUUUUUUUUCGUUUCGCAAGUGGUUAGUGGGUACAUUGCGCUAACGUAUUUAUCAAACGCCCCUUUGCUCCUUGGUCGCGUUUAGCUCAUCCUCAUCUUUACCUGACAUAUUUUCAUCACUAAUAUGAUACACUGAAGUCAUUGCAACUUUGUACAUACUAACGAUCUGACUAUAUUAUCUGAUAUGUACUUCGCACUGUACCUGAUCACAAUUACACAUUUCGUUACUACUUCA